AUAGGUUUCACAUUGCGGGCGCGUGCUUGUGUGCGCGCUCACCCGGCCCAUUGUGUUUUUAAUGAACAAGGAGAGCACCGUGGCCAGCUGAUCGACCAGGGACCGCUACACCAUGGCGGACGAACAGGAAAUCAUGUGCAAGUUAGAGAACAUCCUGGACAUACGGAACAAGACCGUCCAGAUGCAAAAGAUCAAGUCCCGUCUGAAGGUCGAGUUUGAGGCUCUGGAGUCAGAGGAGAAGCACCUCAAAGAGUACAAGCAGGAGAUGGAUCUGCUUCUGCAAGAGAAAAUGGCACAUGUGGAGGAGCUGCGGCUCAUCCAUGCAGAUAUCAAUGUGAUGGAGAGCACCAUCAAGCAGUCAGAGAAUGACCUGAAUAAGCUGCUAGAAACAACUCGUCGCCUGCAUGAUGAGUACAAACCUCUGAAGGAGCAUGUUGAUGCCCUCAGGAUGACGUUAGGCCUACACAGACUCCCUAACCUCAAUGAAGAAGAGGAGAAGCUCUCCCUGGACUACUUUGAGAAGCAGAAAGCGGAGUGGCAGAAGGAGCCGCACGAGCCUGCCAUCCCAGAAUCCCUUGCUGCUGCUGCAGCGGCGGCACAACAGCUCCAGGUGUCCAGGAAGCAAGACGCUCGUCAGACAGCCACCUUCAGACAGCAGCCUCCACCUAUGAAGGCCUGCCUGUCCUGCCACCAGCAGAUCCAUCGUAAUGCUCCCAUCUGCCCGCUGUGCAAAGCCAAGAGCCGCUCCCGCAACCCAAAGAAGCCCAAGAGGAAGCCAGAUGAGUAGAGCUUCAUUGGGGUUUAAAUGGAACUGGUCCGACACACUGAUCAACGAUCAGCCAGGUUCAUUACAAUACACGGCUGAAACAAGAGGUGUGUGCUGUAGGGCAAUUUCCUCAUUCAGUCUAACAGUAACUUGUUCUUAGUAAUUUGUUCAUUACCAGUCGACGAUUGAUCGAGGAUCUGAUGUUGUUUUUAUUAGUGCUUUUGAUGUGUUUAUAUGUAGCUGUGUGACUUCCAGCGUAGCUUUACUAGCCCCCAAACAUUGUUCCUGCAAUAAAGCAAAAAUCUACUUCAGUGUCCAAAUAUCUUCAACCAUGUUACUGUUGUUCGUCGCGAUAGAUAUUGUAAUGUACCUCCUUAAUUUUUAAUGCAUGCGGCUUCCAUAACUGUCUGUUGUGAAUUAUUUGUGCCAAUAUAAAAUCUAAUAGGUUUAAUUGCUAAGUUAAAGUAAAACACAAAGUUGUUUUAAAUGUUUACAGUGUUUAAGUGACCAGAAACUGGACGUGAAAAAAAGGCCAGGCUUUUGCUCUGAAUAGUGUUGUGUGUUUAACUUUAAUACAGUGUUGAGAAAAUAAAUGGCUGUUUUGUA